AGGGGGCGGUGGUAAAAUUGUGAAACAGCGUUCCUGGAUAGAGUUACGUUGCUCAGCAUUUGGAAAGAGACCCUUAGACCGACAUUAACGCCGGGAAAAAUGUCGAACUGAAUUCCCUAAUAAUUCCUCUUGAAAGCCUCUAUAAACAGCGCGAGACUUCAACAAUAAAGACUAGAAUGCCUCAACUUCGAAGCCUGUUCACCCAGUUUCAUCUCAGCUCCAAAGCUUCAGAAAGUGCUCGAGGCCAGAAGCUACAUCAGACACCAACACUACCUGAUUUUUUACAACAUGUCAGGAGACUCACCGGCCUGAGAAAGGAGGAUGUUUACUGCAAUCUGCGUAUCCCCGACCAGUUUCAGAACACCAAAGAGGAUAUCAACAUUGUUAUCCUUGCAAGCCAGGGGAUCUUCUGCAUAGAUGUAAAACCCUGGAGAGGCAUAGUGUCCGCUCACCACCAAAACUGGCAAGUGCAAGUGAAAGAAGAGGACCAAAAUUUUACCAAUACCUGCAUUGAGCAGACUGAAGAUCCCCUCAGAGCUAUCAUGACCAAGACUGCUAACUUGUGUGGCCAUUUGAAGAGGAGUGGAGUGUCUGUGCGCCAAAGCCUCUUCUUCCCCAGGGUUGUUUUCCUCUCUCCAGACUGCGAGCUGGAUGAGGAGCUGAGGAAGAGGAGGGAGCUUGUCCCCCACAGCCAGAUAGACGACUUCCUCAUAUCUUUCAGGGAGGGCUACAUGGCCUGGAUAUCAGAUGCGCUGACUCCCUCCUGGCUCUCUGGUCAUCUGUCGUACAGGCAGAUGGAGUCAGUGCGGGAGGUCCUGAGGAGGGUGGGAACGUGGGAUCUGGUGCGGCUGCACUGUGGCGAGCAACUGAAAGGAGAUUACCAAGGCUGCCAGUACAUCGCUCUCAACCGGCAGGAGACAGACAUGCUCGAGUUUUCCCGAGUCAAGACCCUGUCAGCUGAUUCGCUGUGGGCCCUCCUAGGACACGUUCCUCAGGUAACAGUUAAAAUGUACAAGCGUGGAUCUCAGGGCUGGCUGGGUAAAUCCCUGAACGCCACCACCACCAUCCCCUCCAACACCUUUGUUAUCUUCAGGAUCAGUGGGGAGGAAGCAGAUGCCAAAAUUCCAGCAAAUGCCAUUCAUAGCAUCACACUGAGCAUGUGACUGUAUCAGUCAAUAAAGAGGAUAGCCAUCACAAGUAUGCAAAAAAAAAGAUUGAUUUAGCUCAAUCCUAAUCACAUUGUUACUUACUAUGCUACUUUAAAUGAGCAUUUAGAAAAAAAAUUUAAAAAGAAAGAACAGAAACCGCCCCAGUUGCCAAUUUCCUUCCUCAGUGGCAAUAUUAUGUUAAUGAAGACUGUUUCAGACAAUUAGCCUGAUUAACUUUCUCUUGUUUUGAAUUUCUAGGGCUGGCCCACACUUUACACUAGUCAUUAAUUAAUCAUUAUGUUAGCUGAUUCUGUCACAUCAGUAUUGAAGUGUUUAAUGUGUUAAUUGUAGCGGUUAAAAACUGCUGGCCUCUAGUAUGCAAGGGCCAAGCAUGUUACUGCCUCUACGGGUUUAAUGGGUAGUGAUUUACGGUCUGUUUAGACGGUGUAACUGUAAGGUGCUUUAUUAAUAUGCUCCACCGCACAGAGGAGAUGAUAACAUAUUCAAGAGUGCACAGGCGCAGCCGCCAGCCCCAUUCAUAACUGCGUCUGAGUCACUUUCCAUCAGUUACCAGGCUUACUCAGCUGCGCUAACAGCUAGCAAUUUUAUUUACUGUGCCUGGUAGUGGCCAAAAUGAAGUUAUUUCCAUCAAGAUAUCAGUGCCUUUAGCUAAUGCAAUAGAAGGAGCUCUCUGUGUUGAUAGUAUCUCAUAGCAUGGCAUCUAUCUACCUGAAACAUCAUUACACUAUACUCAAGCUCCUCACUUUUUUCAAAGAUCAUUGGUAGAUCUACAAACAGCACUGUGUUGUUUGCAUUUUUUAGACUCUGCUUGUUUUCAUUUCUUGGUCAACAUUGCUUGAAUGUGUUUUUAUGAAUUUAUUGUCUUUGCAUAUUUAAACUUAAGUACUAAAGAGUGUCCUCAGGAUUUGUUUUCUCUACAACACUUGACAAACAGUAUUGACAAUAUCAGAUGAGAUGGAUGAGAUGGACUUCUGGUACAAGUUUUACUGUAGUUUAAUUAUACCCAAAUAUGUAUGUUUUCUUAAUAAAAAAAAAAAUGCAAGCACUUUCAGCAUCAAGCCAACUUGAGAAUAAUGGUUGUUAACCAUACUCUUCAGUUGAUUGAUUUAAGCAUGGUUGUUUUAUUGAUUGGUGUGUGUUUUCUAGUCAUGGUAUCAUUAAGUGUUUUUAUGUUUACAUGUAUUUGUACUGUCUGAUCUCAUAAUAAAAAGAUUUGAUGAUUGAA